AUGCUGGCUGACCAAGAGUUGAAAAGCAUGGAAGGAUUCAAGAAAGGAUCCAAUUACAUUGAGGUUAAGGUUGGCUGCACAAGCAAGAAAUAUGGUGAUACCGUAGGGAAGCUUAGGGUUUUCUCUAAUGGCCGAUUUCUCAUAUCCUGCGAAUGCACACCGACUUGUGGAGACAAACUGAGUCCCUAUGACUUUGGAAAGCAUUCUGGAAAAGAAGGAACGAGGAAAUGGAAGAACCACAUUUGGGUGGUCCUGAACGACAAGAAGGUUCCCUUGUGCAGAACUGUUCUCCUGAAAUAUUACAAGCAUGCAUCAAAUGGAGCAAGUGGGUUGCAACCUAAGCGCCUUUGUCAUCGGGAUGAGUUCAUUAGUUGCUCAAAGUGUAAGAAAGAACGCAGGUUUCGUCUCCGGACUGAAGAGGAAUGCAGGAAUUACCAUGAUGCUUUGAUUACCAGAAGGUGGAGUUGUGAGAACUGGCCAUAUGAAAAGAUCAACUGCCAAACUGAAGAAGAGCGGGCAGGUCGGAAACGCUGCAGAGGCUGUCCUCAAACUCCAAUUUGCAAAGGUUGUACUACUUGUGUGUGUUUCGGGUGCCUCAACUGCCGCUUUCUGGAUUGCAAGUGCCGCACUUGCGUUGAUUUCAUGAAAAAUGCAGAGCCUUGA